CAUAGAAAUGCUUUCUCCUUCUUUAUAUCGCAGGUUGUCUUUUUGAAAAGAGAAUUCUUUUAAUAAAUAAACAAAGACCAUCGACCAAGUUGGUUUAAAAUAUCUUAGCCCCGCCUGAUCUGAUGAAGCUUCCUCAAUCAUACAAAAUGAUUAAUUACAUUUACUCCAAAGACCUUUCACUUCAAAUGUUUUAUUAACAAAGACCAAAGACUCAACAAAAAAAUAAUAAUCAGCCUGUAAUAGUUACAACAAAAUAAGUAUCAUAAUUAAUAACAAUUAUCUCAUAUCCCAGAGCGAGGAACUUGCGGAGCAUACUAUCUAGCAAAGGAGGCGAGAAGUGAUGCCGUCCUUAUUUUCCAUAUAGAUCAGAUCUAGCCAAGCGUUUUUUCAGAACGAUCCAAACUCGACCAUCACUUGAUUUUUUAAAAUGGGUGUUGAUAAAAACAAAAUUAGUAACGAUUAUCCUCAGUGUUUAUCCCAUUAUACUUCGAGCUUAAGACAAUAGAAAUUUAUUGUUAAUAUACAUUAAUAAAAACCAUCGACCAAGUUGAUUAAAAAUACACUUAACUCCGCCUUGCCGAAGUUUCCUCAAUACUAGAAAUUACAAUUUAAUUUAAAAAAAAAAACAAAAGCUUAAUAGAAAUGACUUCAUACCAAGGACUAAAACGCCUAAUGAUCUGAAUAAAUUAAAUUAACAUAAUUAACAACUACUAUCUCUUUUCUUUCCGAGAAACAAUGAACAACUAUUUAAGAGUUUCUUGCACGAUACUUCGAGCAUACGACAAAAUAAGAAGAAGUUGUCAAUGUCAACGCUAUUGGCAUUAUAAAUGGAACGAAAUUUCAUGACGACUCUAUAAUCAUUUUCUUGGCAAGACCUCAAGAUCACUUAUAAUCGUAAGACACAUUGUUCAUAAUCCCCCAGGAUCAGUUCCCGUCACAGAGUUAGAUCUUCAAUGGCUCAACACGGAAACGGCGCGCUGAACAGGACUUCCUUCCAUUUCCAACCUCAUAGAAACUGGAUCAACGAUCCAAACGCGCCAAUGUAUUACAAAGGAUUCUACCAUAUGUUCUACCAGCACAAUAACUUGGCUCCCCGAUUCAGUGAGAUAAUGAUAUGGGGACACUCUGUUUCACAAGACAUGGUCAACUGGAUCCAACUCGAACCAGCCUUUGUUCCUACUGAGUCCUUUGACAGACACAGCUGCUGGUCUGGAUCCGCCACUAUCCUCCCUGAUGGCAAACCGGUAAUUCUAUACACUGGACUCGAGGAGCACGAGGAGCUUGACAGACGCCAGGUUACAGUUCUUGCCGAACCUAAGGAUGCUUCCGACCCUCUGCUUCGUGAGUGGGUAAAGCCAAAGAACAAUCCUGUGAUGCUUCCGCCACACGACGUCCCUCACGAUUGUUUCCGUGACCCUACGACCGGGUGGCAAGGACAAGAUGGGAUAUGGAGAGUUAUCGUGGGAGCUAAGGAGAUAAACACUGAGAGAGGAAUGGCGGUUUUGUACAGAAGUAAAGACUUUGUGGAAUGGACUAAGUAUCCAACUCCUUUGCUUGCGACACAAGACACAGGAAUGUGGGAAUGCCCUGAUUUUUUUCCGGUUUCUCUGACCGGUAAAGAAGGUGUAGAGACAUCGGUGAACAAUGCUAGUGUAAAGCAUGUCUUGAAAGUGAGUUUUGGAGGUCAUGAUUGCUAUGUUAUUGGUACAUACUCUUCUGAGAGUGAAGACUUUGCAGCUGAUUCUGAGUUCACUAACACAACUGCGGAUUUGAGGUAUGAUCAUGGAACGUUCUAUGCUUCUAAGGCCUUCUUUGACAGUGUUAAGAAUCGGAGGAUCAACUGGGGAUGGGUUAUAGAGACUGAUAGCGUUGAAGAUGAUCUCGAGAAAGGAUGGUCUGGCCUUCUGUCUCUUCCUAGGGAGAUGUGGCUUGACACAAGUGGAAAGAGGCUGAUACAAUGGCCAAUAGAAGAAAUCAACUAUCUUAGGACUAAACAAGUUAGCUUGGAUAACACGCAUCUCGCAGGCUGCUCGAUUCUUGAAAUAUCAGGCAUCACUGCAGCACAAGCUGACGUAGAAGUGACUUUUGAUCUGCCUGUUCUGGAAGGCAACCCCCAAGUACUUGAUUCUGAUCAUGUUGAUGAUGCGGUUUUGUUCGACCGUGACAGCUCGGUUGGAUGUGUUUAUGGACCUUUUGGGUUGCUAGCAUUGGCUACCAGUGAUUUAUCUGAACAAACUGCAAUUUUCUUCAAAAUAAUUCGUCGUGGAAAUGGAUAUUCGGUUGUAAUGGGCAGCGAUGAGAAUAAGUCUUCGUUGAGAGACAACGCAAGGAAAUCUGCACAUGGAACAGUCCUAGACAUUGAUCCACUACAUGAGAAGAUAUCAUUGAGAUGUUUGAUUGAUCACUCUAUUAUAGAGAGCUAUGGAGCAGGAGGAAGAAAUGUGAUUACUUCUAGGGUGUAUCCCAAAGUAGCAAUUGGUGAAGCAGCUAAGCUUUACUUGUUCAAUGAUGGAACAAGGGGUGUGAACAUAUCGUCUAUGGAAGCUUGGAGCAUGAGAAAUGCUGAAGUCAAUUUAAACGCACUUUAAUUUAUCAGUAACAAUGCUGCUAAUAAUAAUAAUAAUCUUUGGACUGCCUAAAGAUGAUUCCAGUACUUUUAUGAGUUUGUUUUAAGAUUUAUCCGUGUUUUGUGUUCAAGAUAUUGGUGUGUGUGUUUUUCUUUUCUUCUUUUAAAUCUAAGUUAUGUGUUUAUCAUAAUACUGAAUUUGCACGACUUCAUUUUUAUAUAUUAAAAUCAUGCUUAUCAGCAUGCCUCUUUUCGCCAAUAUUUUUUUGUAAUCAAGUAGGACUUCGCCAGUAUCACCACUAUUAUUAAGUAAACAUUAAGUAAAACAGUUUAGAGAUUAGUGAUAAAUCGUGAAUAAUUCACUUCAUAACAAAAAGACCAUUGACCGAACAAAUUAAGAGUACAUUAUCCCAUUAUUAUCUUCAAAUGUUCCCACAAUUUAAAUUAAACAAAAUGAAUGCGACAAAAAACGUAAACAAAAUGAAUAAUAUAUAUGAGCUACCUGGUCCGAUCGAGUAUACAUUUAACAAAGACCAAUGACCACAAACCUUAAUAAUUGAAGCAAAAAUACAAUUAACAAAUACCUCGAAAACUUCUUUCACUUUGCUUCAACCUUUGGACAGAUCGAAGAGGUAGCAAACGGCAAUGGCACUAUAAAUACACUGAAUCUUUCUCACAACCCUAUAACAUUUUCUUGACAAGAUCAAAACUCUAGUAUAUACACUGUAUAAAGAGAAACUAGAAACAAUGGAAGCUGUUUUUUUUUUAUAAUCAUGGAAACUUCCAGCCUUACCGAACUUCCUUCCAUAUUUCAAGCUGGCUCCUAGCUCAACGGUUAUUAUUCAGUAUGUUCUAAUUUUUCUCUGAUCCGAUGUGCAACAAUACUCUUACAUAUCUAUUUUUCCUAAAUAAAGAUUAUUAAUUUUCGUCUAUUUGUUUUCUUGUCACCUCUGGUCCUUGGAUUAUUAAAACCUACGUUGCAUCUUUGGAACACAUGUUACCUUUGUCAGUAUUUCACCGUUGAAUGACGAUAUUUUUUUGGUUUCUAGAUCGAUCACUUGGUUACAGAGAGCUAUGGGGGAGGAUGAAGAAGUGUAAUAACGUCUAGGGUUUAUCCGAAAAUGGCAAUUGGUGAAGAAGCUAGGCUUUACGUAUUCAAUCAUAGAGCAAAGGGUGUGACUAUGUCGUCUUUAGAUGAGAAAAGCCCAAAUCAAUUCAAACGAAACUUAAUUAGCCAUCUUUGUAAUGACUACAACAUCCCUUUGGACUAUCAGAAUAAGUUAUCAUUAGAUUUUUUACGUUUAUGUAUCUUUGACCUAAACUUUCUUCGAGAUGAAAAAUAAAUAAGGUUUUCCACGCU